AUGGCUACACUUCCUCGCAGGCACAAUCUGCGAGCAAAGACCGGAGCAUGUCUCGGAGAGACCACGAAGCGAAGCGUUAAUGUCUCGGAUGUACACGGUCGGCUGGGAGAGGGCGCGAGUACCAAUGGGAAAAUCCACAUGCUUGGCCGCGUGCUCCGCGUACCUGGAUCACAAUGCUCGUGUAGCGCGUGCAAGACGAUUCAAUAUGACAUGUUCAUCGACCACGACUCUUCAACGGCAGCCGAAAACUCCAGGAUUCGGCAAUCCUGCGACGUGCCAAUUUUGCGUUUUCGGUCUUUGAUCGUAUUAUUAUACUUAAAUCGACGCGGCUACGUCACGUAUACGGCGCCAACCUGGACGGCUGGUCGGAGAUCGAAAAUAGAGCUCUGGGGCGGCCGCUUCUGGAGAACCGUUAUCCGAGAGCGGGAUAACCCCUUCCGCUCUCCUGGCCUCGCGUACUUUUGA